CCAUGGAAUAAACUAGAAAUUAUUUCAACUGCGUAUAUGAAAUAGAUCUACGCGCUGGUUUGAGUUGUCAGAAAGGGGAGUUUCCACUUAACGUGUUGAAAUUGUCGAAAACAAUCCGAAGAUGCCAAGAAAAAAGCCUUUUAGUGGAAAACAGAAGAAAAAACAGCUGAAAGACAAAAAGUUGAGGAAAGAUGAAGAUUCUGAUGAUGAAGAUAGCAGACGACACAAAAAACACCACAAAAAUAAAGGUGAAGCUGGAACAUCACACAUUGACAAAAAACAAGAUCCACACAGAUAUCGCCUACAGUUUUAUAAAGAAAGUAGAGAUGUUAUCAAACAAAGAAAACUAGACGCCAUGAAACCCUACACCAAAUUACCAGAGAAAUGUUUAGAAGUAGACAUGGAUGUAUUAUAUCACCCAGGCACCACACCAGAGAUUCCCAAACGACCCAAAUGGGACUAUAAUCUAUCCAAGGUUAAACUCGAGGCCAAGGAAGACAAAAUAUUUAAGGAGUAUGUAGAUGAGUUAUUUGAAAGUUAUAGAAUAGAAGAUUUAAGUUAUUUUGAGUUAAAUUUAGAAACAUGGAGACAGUUAUGGAGAGUUCUAGAAAUGUCUGAUAUUUUAUUAUUAAUAUCAGACAUCAGACAUCCUAUGUUGAAUUUCUCCCCAGCUCUGUAUCAUCAUAUAACAGAAGAAUUAAACAAAUCUUUAAUAUUAGUCUUAAAUAAAAUAGAUUUAGCCCCACCUAGCCUGGUUAUAGCUUGGAGAGAAUAUCUAAUGCAGAAAUUUCCCAAACUUCAUGUAGUGUGUUUCUCAUCAUUUCAAAAAUUUGAUAUCGCUGGUAAUGAUCAGGGCGCUAAAGUACAUAAAAGAAGACGACAUGUAAAAUAUGAUGCUAUUGGUCCACAUGAACUCUGGCAGUCUUGUGAUGAUAUAGUACAGGGAAGAGUUGAUCUUAGUGAAUGGAAGAGUAAGAUAGAAACUGAUUUAUCCAGCGUGGAAGACGAGGAAGGGGAAAGUCCUGAAACUGUCACAGAAAAACAGGAUUCCAGUUUCGUAGAACAUGAGUUCUUUAAAGAUGGUAUUUUAACUAUUGGUUGUAUUGGUUAUCCGAAUGUUGGCAAAUCGUCCUUAAUAAAUGGUUUAAUGGGAAAAAAGGUUGUGAGUGUGUCGAGAACGCCAGGUCAUACCAAACACUUCCAGACCAUAUUUCUCACCCAGCAAGUUCGACUGUGUGAUUGUCCUGGUCUAGUCUUUCCUUCAUUGGUUGAAAAAUCACUUCAGAUUUUAGCAGGUAUCUACCCAAUAGCUCAAGUGAGAGAUCCUUAUACUCCAAUAGGGUAUUUAGCUCAGAGAGUUGAUUUACCCAUCUUACUGAAACUUAAACAUCCUGAGACAGAAGACACUGAAGAACCAGAAAGACUGGAAUGGUCACCAGUAUACGUCUGUGAAGCUUGGGCUGAAAAGAGAAGGUUUUAUACCUCAAUGGCUGCCAGACCAGAUGUCAGUAGAGCUGCUAAUCAUUUAUUAAGAAUAACAGUAGAUGGUAGAAUUAGACUGUGUUUUAGACCUAAAGGAUACACUGAUAAUAUAGAUAAAUGGGAGUCCCAUACAGAUACAAUCAAGCUAGCAGCAAGAUCAUCUCACAAAGAUGAGAUAUCUGAAUCUGAAUCUGAAGAUGAUGGUAUUGAAGUACCAGGAGGAAGUGAAGAGGAAGAGAGUGGUGAGGAAGGGUCAGAAGAAGACAGCGAAGAAGAGGAUGGUGCUGGAAUCUCCACCAGCAAUCCUUUUGCUGCUCUUGGUUAAUUGGUAUUGAAGAUUUUCUGUUUAAGGAAUAUAGUCGUCGAUUGAUUGAUUCAGAAUGAAGAAUUAAGGAAUUAGUUUUAUAAUAUUAGGUUUUAUAAGAGUUAACCUAUUAUAGAAGCACUGGCCUAGGUCACAAGUAGAGAUUAUGGAUUUCAGCAUUGGAAUACAUCAAUUUGAUAUAGUGUUAGACAAGCAUUAAUAAUGGACCAAGCACAUAUGCCAACCAAACUACAAAAUUUCUUUCAAUUUUUUUCAGUUUUUAGCAUACUAGUCUGCAGAUCACACAGCGUGAACAUGUUUCAGGUUCUGUUUUAAUAUUUCUAUUCAAAUAUAUACUAUUUCUUUAUAACUGAUGUAUGGAGAACUAUUUUAACAGUGAAAGUAUUGUGUUAUUCUUCUGAGAAUUGAGAUAGAUUCAAAAAAUUUCAAAAUAUGCCAAAUUUGAAUUGCUUUUGCCAAGUUUAUUUUGUUCCAUUUUUUUAUAUUUUCUGUGAUUGAUUAAAUAUAAAAAACAACAGAUUUUGAUGAAGUUGUCAACGAACUGUUAUUGUUGAAUGCGAAAUUAGCAUCCCACCAACUAUACAAGCCUGGACACCUGUUCUACACUAUCGGGUAUAGACUGGCUUAGAUCCUUUGUCAGCUUCAGUGGCGGAUCCAAAACUGGGGCAGCCCGGAGAGCAAGUUUUUCGGUCAAAAUCUGAUAACUAAGUUCGAAAUAUCAGGCAAUCUUAGAUAUUUGGCCCCCCCCCCCCCUCAGACGUAAACCUGGCUCCGCCACUGGUCAGCUUUCAGUCGAAGUGAUUUAAUAAUUUAGUAUGACACUGCAUCAUGGGAUUAUUAUAUAAUCACCAUGGUGACAACAGCUCCGAACAAAAAAUGGCGGACCAGUUUCUACUAUUAGAUUGUUCAUUUGUUGCAAAUUUAGGAUAUAGACAAAAAUGGUGAUUAGUUGAUUCACCAUUGUUGUCUGUUAUUGUUUCCCCUAUCAUGUCCAUUGACGAUAAUCUUUCACAGAGGCAGUGGCGGCUGCAGAACUUUGGGUGGGGAAUUGCCACGGCCAAUCCGUCUCUCUUUGGAAGUCGCCAUUGACCAGUGACGUAAGAUAUAGUCAGAAAGUUUUUGAUAUUGUUUUUGCUUUAUAAAUAUUAAUUGCUUUGUUGAUUUUUCGAAUAAAACAUAAAAUUUCAA